CAUGGCGGCGCGCGGGCGGCGGUUGGUGUGAACUGACCGGUUCGGUUUUGUUGGCCGACAUUUCUCUCUCGUUGAAUUGUUUCAAGAGGCUCUGGGCGGCCGUGUGCGGGAAAAACACGCACACACACACACACACACUCGGCGGCCAGCGAUCUCCCGGGGUGAACUGCACAGAACAUUUCCAUUUGCUUUCUUCAGUAGAGGACUGAAUCAGCUGCCAAUGCCUUGAGAAUAAUCUUUCAGUAACAAAUACUGAUAAUAUUUUGUCUUCAGUACAGAUUUGACAAAACAUGGGGAAUUCAGAAAGCCAGAAUGAUAGCGAACGAGCCCUUUCGGGGGAUGAACGUGCUGGUCUGGCACGGAAACAUAUGUCACGAUCACUUCGUAUUCCUACAAAAACUUCACGGAGAGCCAGGCCGGCUUCUGCGGCCAGAAUUGCACAUAGAAAUUCAGAAACCAGCACUAAAUCCAGUAGCACACCUAGCAUCCCACAGACAUUAGCAGGAGAUGGUCUGGAUACAGGUAACCCAGGAAACAAUAUUAUUGCUUUGGCAGAAGACUUUACUAAUCCCUCUUGGGUAAGUGCAGUUGGUAAAAAUGUAAGGCCUGUGUCUUACCAUACAGGUUCUUCAACAGUUUUCAGUACCAGAAGGCGGAGUACUGUGGAGCCAGUAAGAUCCAGGGAUGAAUUUGACGCUUGUUUUGAGAAACGUGCUAUUCAGAAUCUACAGAAUUUUGAUGAAAGGUUGGACUUAGCUUCCCAAGCAGAAGGUAGAGAUUAUCAUUCAGUUACUAGGAAUGGAACAGCUAUUUUAGAAAGCACCAAAAUCAGGAAAAAGCGAUCCAAAUCUGCAGACAUGUGGAGGCAAGAUAGUACGGAAUUCUCCUUCUCUGAUCUUAGUCAGGAACGGUUGACCAGCAGAGAAGAUCUGAUCGAUAAUGAGAAAGGUUAUGAAGAAAGGGGAUUGGUAAAUAGUCAUUCCAUGGAAUUGGAACAGUUGUGUGAUAGCAACCGAGCCAAUUCUCUAAAUGAAUUGUAUUCGCAAAAACUAUCAAGUGGAAUCAUUAACAAACAGCCGAUGAACAAAAUUAUGACGUAUUAUCAGAAUUUGACAGCACAUUCACAUAGCACAAUGCCAUCACAAAAUACAAAUUCUGUGAGGUCUUCUGUUGGAAAUGUCAGUGUAUCUUCAUAUGCUGCCUACACGCUGCCAUGCAGGAAAUCCCAUUGCCUUUCUGAAGGGGCCUCCAAAGGACGAUUAAGUGAAAUUGAUGAUCAGAACAGAACCAUGCAAGGCAGGAGAGCAAAAACAACACAGGAUGUUACCUCAGGAGAUGGAAGUGAAUAUGCAGAUAAUAGCAUUGCUGGUGCAACAACAGAAAAUUAUCAGCUUUCUCAUCAUUCCAAUAAUACCGGUUCAACAUGCUCUCCACCAUCUUUCAAUUGUCGGUACCUCGGUAGUGAUGAUGCUUCAGCAGGAGAUGUGCUCCACCAGGGGGUGUAUGAGAACUUCAGAAGUACAUUGGAAUCAAAUGCUGUUAACACAGAGAAUCUGGAGGAAGCAGAGUCAGCUUUGAGUGAUGAACAAAGCAGUGGCACCCUCAGCUCCCCGGGACAAUCAGAUAUUCAAACAACUGAGCAGGGAACAGUCCGAAAAACCGGCUCACUUGCUGUAAAAAACUUUAUAGUUCACAAGAAAAAUAAAAAAGUGGAAUUGGCUACACGUAGAAAGUGGAAGUAUUAUUGGGUAUCUUUAAAAGGCUGCACCUUAUUUUUUUAUGACGCAGAUGGACGAUCAGGAGGAGACCAGAACAGUGUACCAAAGCACAUGGUUUGGAUUGAAAACAGCAUUGUUCAAGCUGUACCCGAACAUCCAAAGAAAGACUAUGUCUUCUGCAUUAGUAAUUCACUUGGAGAUUCAUUCUUAUUCCAGACCUGCAGCCAGACUGAACUGGAAAACUGGAUUACUGCCAUUCAUUCUGCCUGUGCAGCUGCAGUGGCAAGGCAGCAUCGCAGAGAAGAUACUGUUAAACUGUUGCAGUCAGAGGUUAAAAAACUGGAACAGAAAAUUGACAUGGAUGAAAAGAUGAAGAAGAUGGGGGAUAUGCAAUUGUCUUCAGUUAAUGAUCCAAGAAAACGAAAGACCAUACUCAGUCAGAUCUCUUUAUGGGAGCAAAAUCUCGAACAAUUUCAGAUUGAUCUUUUCCGAUAUCGUUGCUAUAUUGCAAGUCUUCAAGGAGGAGAAUUACCAAAUCCUAAACGACUUCUUGCAUUUGCUAGUCGGCCAACUAAACAUGCGAUGGGUCGACUUGGUAUUUUCUCAGUUUCUUCGUUUCAUGCCCUGGUGGCAGUCCGUACUAAAAUUGGUCUGAAAAAUCCAUCUCAGGUAAUUUCUAGAUCGGUAAGCAAGAGGAGGAACAGAUUUUCUUCUUUGUGGGGAUUGGAUACAACGUCAAGAAAGAAAGCAAAAGAAAGACCUAGCAUUAAUCAGGUCUUUGAUGAUAAUGAAGCUACACUGAAGAAAUCUUUGGAAGGCAUCUUUGAUGAAUGUUCAGUAGAUCGUAGUAGAGAAAAAAAUCUGACCACCAGUAUUCAACAACAAACAUCUGACAGUGACAGCUGGGUUACUGAUUUCCUUGUGCCCUCAUGGGUUUCUUUACCACAUGAUCAACCCCUUUUAGUGGCAAUACAUCCAGGAGACUCUGCGCAGGAAAUUCUUGAAACGGCAUGUAAGGCACAAAAUUUGGAGCCAGGUGAUUACUAUGUGCGUUUGAAGUUUACAGUGGACAACCAUGUGCAAUACUAUAUACCAAAGCAGGACAUUAUUCAUGAGUUGUUGUUCCAAGAAAUUGAAAUUUGUCCCAAAAUUAUUCGUCAUGUUCAGUUUGAUAAGUCUGAUGCUUCUAUUAAUUAUGGAUUUUGUGUGUCUUUAGUUGAAGAGGAGGACUCACGUCAUCGAAUGCUUAUAACAGAUGUGAAAGAAGAGGGUCUAGCUUUCUGUAAAGGUCUGAAAACAGAUGAUGAAGUUUUAGAGAUUAAUAAACAGAAAGCUGAAGAUCUGAAUAUAUCUGACUUGAAGCUAAUGCUAUCUGAGUCUUCACUUUCUCUCACAAUACGGACAUAUUGUGAACUAGCAGAUGGUCCGUUCUGUGCUUCUCCUCCAAGGCGAGUCAGAGUAUCAGAUGAGUUGGUUGAUGGUGGGUUUGUUCACCAUCAAAGUAGACAUGAAAAAAACAUAAAGAACCAUAUGGAACCUAGCCAUUGUGAAGCAAAAUUCACUGCAUCACUUGAAACUGAUGAAGCACGCAAAAGUACAGAACAGGUGACAGCAUUUUGUCGAGGUCUGCAUGAAUUAAGUCCAACCGACAUGUCAUCCCAGCCUUUGGAUUCUUCAUUACCUCACCAGGCUACAUCGAGACAGCUGACUGAUGCUGAUAAAUUGCGGAAGGUCAUUUGUGAACUUGUAGAAACAGAACAGACAUAUGUAAAGGAUCUGAAUCUACUCUUGGAGAGAUAUUUGAAACCACUGCAGAAUGAAACCUUUCUCACUCAGGAUGAGCUUGAUGUCCUUUUUGGAAACUUGCGAGAAAUGGUUCAGUUUCAAGUUGAAUUUUUGAAAACGUUAGAGGAUGGUGUGAGACUGGUGCCAGACCUUGAAAAACUUGAAACAGUUAAUCAAUUUAGGAAAGUACUCUUCUCAUUGGGCGGUUCAUUCCUGUACUAUGCUGAUCGUUUCAAGCUAUAUAGUGCAUUUUGCGCCAGUCACACAAAGGUUCCCAAGGUUCUUGUUAAAGCAAAAGUCAAUCCCGAUUUAAAGGCCUUCCUCGAUGCGCAAAAUCCUAAACAGCAGCAUUCAUCAACGUUGGAGUCCUACCUUAUCAAACCCAUACAACGGGUUCUGAAGUAUCCCCUUCUGCUGAAGGAACUGAUCUCGCUGACAGACCCUGACAGUGAGGAACAUUACCACUUAACAGUGGCAAUGAAAGCAAUGAAUAAGGUGGCAAGCCAUAUCAAUGAAAUGCAAAAAAUACAUGAAGAAUAUGGUGCUGUGUUUGACCAGCUUAUAGCUGAACAAACUGGAGAGAAAAAAGAGGUUGUGGAUCUUUCAAUGGGAGACCUUCUUCUCCAUUCUAUGGUUACUUGGCUCAAUCCUCCUGCAUCUUUGAAAUGUAAAAAAGAUCCCGAGCUUGCAGCUUUUGUGUUCAAAACUGCAGUUGUUCUUGUGUAUAAAGAUGGCUCUAAGCAGAAAAGAAAAUUGGGAAACAUUUCUCAGAGAGGGUAUGUCUCUGAUGACAAGGAUCCAUUCAGAUUUCGUUAUAUGAUUCCCACUCAGGCAUUGCAGAUUCGAUCUAUUGCCAUCUCAGAUGCAGAAGCUGACUGUAUGUUUGAAAUUGUUCAUGGAAAAUCAGAGUCAGAAGGGAGACCAGAGACAACUUUUCAUUUUUGUAACAGUACUUCAGACACCAAGCGGGAUUUUGUCAAAGCUGUUCAGUCGGUUAUCCGUGACAAGCAGCGAAGGCAACUUCUAAAAACUGAAAGUUUACCACAAUCCCAACAGUACAUGCCUUUUGGAGGAAAGAGGCUCUGUGCACUGAAAGGAGCAAGGCCAGUUGUAAACCGAGCUGUUUCAGUACCUUGCAGCACCUCAGGAAAAAGGAAAUUAUCUAGGAACAGAUUCACUAUUGAUGCAGAUGAUCUGUUUGAACGCAAUCAAAAUAAUGAGCCAUUGCAGUUGCCAGCAGUUUGCAAUGACACUGAUCGUUGGGUAGAGGAACAGUUUGAUCUUGGUAAGUAUGAAGAGCAUGACGACAUUAAGGAGACUGAUAUUCUAAGUGAUGAUGAUGAAUACUGCCAGUCUGUGAAAAGUUCAUCACUGUCAAAAGAUCUGCAAGAGCAGCUAAAAGCAAUGACCUUUCAAGAUGAGCUUCUUGAGAAUGGAAAAACAUCAACCUACAGAACAGCAGAAAAAUCUCAAUCUAAAAUGGCAUUUUCUACGAAGCAAAAAGCUGUAUCGGGAACUAAUGGCAUUGUGGAAAACAAUGCACCUGAGGUGAUCUGGGUGAAACGUGAAGGCUUCAUUUCAACUGAAAAAGAAAAUAAUGAAAUCUAAAGUUGCAUGAUUGUUCAGAAUUACUAUCCGUCUUCAGUGCUAACCGUUCCGAUGUGUUGCAUACUGUAAGGAUGAUUACAUACUCCAUAAUAUAUAAAUUGAGACAGCAGCAACAAAUUAGAAGCUAUGCUGUCCCAUUAAGCUCAGUUAAGAAUUGUUAAGAUGAGUAAACAAAAACUGCUUAUAUGAACAGAUUUAUGGCUUCAUUCUACACAACUAUAAUAUAUUUAAGGGCUUUAAAGUUAAAUAUUUAUUAUUGUUCAGGUGUACAAUUAUCAUUUCAUUUUUAGUAUAUUUGUAAAUUACUGGACAGGCAAAACUCUUGUAUCUGUACUACUUUUAAAGGAUCAAGAACUAAGUUGCCCCUCUAACUAUUUGAAAAGUAUCUUUAUAGUAUACAUUACUGGAGAAAGGAUUACAAAUCGGUAAUUCAACUGUUGCACUGGUAGAAAAUCAGGUGUUUAUAUGAACAAAAGAACAACUAACCUUGAAUAAAUUAAUUUUUCAAACUACAGUGCUUACUUUAGAGAUCAUUACACUUAUCAGCAAGUCUGAAGAUAGUUAGAUUGUUGCCAUAAUUGUGUUUGUAUAUAAUUCCAGGCUUAAUGCGCAUAUCAGAAUUUGCCUAAUAUAUUUCUUUUGUAAGCUGAAAGAAGUUCUAUUUUUCUGUGUUUAGAUUCAUUGAUCUUAAGCAUUGUAAAUGUUUGUCAAACAUAAUAAA